UGCAUCGCGGGUUUCUCGUAAGUUUGCCUGCCGACCAAACAAGAUCAGCAAUGGCCAGCACUAGAUUCCGUGUCGCACUCAUCCAGCUCGCGGUGAAAGCAAGCAAGGCAGAUAACCUCGCUCGCGCCGGAGUCGAAAUCAAGAAAGCCGCGUCGAGCGGAGCGAAGUUCGUGUGCCUGCCCGAAUGUUUCGGCUUUCCGUACGGCGCCCAGUACUUCCCGAAGUACGCCGAGUCCAUCCCCGGUGAGACCAGUGAGAUGUUGUCUAGAGCUGCGCGAGAGAAUGGCGUCUAUCUCAUAGGAGGAUCGAUGGCCGAAACGGAGAACGGCAAGCUCUACAACACCUGUCUCGUCUACGGUCCUGACGGUGAAAUGCUCGCAAAGCACCGCAAGGUUCACCUCUUCGACAUUGACAUUCCCGGAAAGAUAACGUUCAGGGAAUCCGACAGCUUCACGGCCGGCAACAGCCUGACCACGUUCGACACCCCUUACUGCAAGGUGGGCCUCGGCAUCUGCUACGACCUUCGCUUCGCCCAAAUGGCGCAGCUCUACGCCAAACAGGGUUGCAAGCUGCUCUUUUACCCCGGUGCCUUCAACAUGACCACGGGGCCUCUUCAUUGGGAGCUGCUCCAGCGCGGCAGGGCAGUCGACAAUCAGCUGUACGUGGCGACUGCCUCGCCGGCCAGAGACGAGAAUGGUUCUUGCGUCACGUGUGGUCACAGCAUGCUUGUCGAUCCCCUCGGCAAAGUCGUUGCUUCGGCGGGCGCCUACGAAGAAGUAGUCAUUGCCGAGGUAGACCUCGAGUACUUCGAAGCCACCAGAAACCUGAUACCGAUCAUGAAAAACAAAAGAGACGAUUUGUACGAUGUUGUUAGUAUAGGCGAUAGAAAACGAUUUGUGAAAGAGGUGUGGUGCUCCGCAAACACGCCGACUCCUUUUUUGGAAACUUGUUCAAAGGGUCACAGUGCUUGAUCUAUCUCUUUUACAGAAAAAAAAUCAAUGUGGUGUUGUCAAAGGUGGAAAUUGAUUAGUUUCUGCGAUCAUUGCUCCUGUUUCGGUUUCUUGCAUUAGGGAUAAAUCAUUGGUGAUUCCACGGAGAUCGACAC